AUGCCAAAGUCUACCCCAUCCAGGCCCCCAACGGGUCGGCCAUCAUACUCUACGCCCACGAAACCGGAGCGGGCCAAACCGUACGAGGAUAAUGGCGCGGAUACCGAAGAAGACGAGCCUAAGGCGAACGGCAAGGGCGAUGAUGUGGUCAUGAUAAUCGAUUCAGAUGAGGAAGACAACCCGCCCGCUGAGCCAAAAGAAGUCAUUCCCACCGUUCAAUACGAGGAAGAAGAAGAUGAAAUCGAUCCUCGACGCCCCUUUCUGAAUAUAAUUGAGAGCUUCAAUAUCCGGUUUGGGGUGAAGGUGUUGAAGUUGUCCAUUCCGAGCAUUCUUCCCGACGCGAUUCGAUCCCCCGAUUCAGUGCCGCCAGCACUGUCGAGAAUGAUAAUCUUCAGCGCGGCCUGUGCCGAUUCGUCUGUUCGACUCAUCGCCGCACCACUGGCACCACCUCCUCCUGCCAACGGUCCAUAUCUCUGGGAUUUUCAGACUCUUACCAUUCCAACCCAGAGCGUGGAAGUCAUUCCACCCUUGGUGUCGAUGACCUUUACAUGCGAAAAGUCCGAUAACGAUACUGAGACGCAGGGCAGAAGUCGUAGACAGGAGAGCACUCCCCCGGGAGUGACCGAAACCUGGAAACUUCUUCUCGCUGUCCACUCCAUGGAGGCCCGGGGGAAACUGUCGUUAUAUCAAAUUGGGGUUGAGCCUCAGCCCAUCCAAGCGCCAUACCCACACAAACUCUCUGAGCAAGAUCUCCAGCCGGCCCAGCAGAUCUACCUAUCGGCACGUGCGAAAAGCAUCUCGUUUCAUCCAAGCCAGUAUCCCUCAGACCGGCACGCACAUCUACUCCUGGUAUUUGAACGUGGAAAUGUGGACCUCUAUUCAGUUUUGCCUCCAAAGCCUCGGAAUAUAUCCUUGUCAGACAGGCGGAGGUCUGAAGCGGAAGCCAAGUCAAAACACGUCCAUGUGAAUCACUUCUUCACAUUGCAUACUGACUUCGACCCGUCGUCACCAGAUAUUUUGAGCCGCAAGAAUAUAGUCGACGCAAAAUGGGCCCUCGGUGGCCGGGCAAUCAUAGUUCUAACAACCGACGGCGAAUGGGGGCUAUGGGAUAUCGACGCAUCUGGCCCGGACCAGCAAAGUCCGGCCAAUGUUUCCACCUUCUCAGCGAGCCUGCUGAACUCCUUUGUUCUAAAAGGCCGCAUUAGAUCACCGGAAGUCUCAUCUAAAUCUCAGCCAGGCGAUUCCACGUCCACGGCCGGGCAAAAUAAAACUAAAUUCGCACCCAUGACUCCCUCUACACGCCGUAUGCGCGAGGAAGCAUUGUUAAAAGGAGCCCCUCCACGCCCAUACGUUUCAGGCCAUUCCUACCGGGGUGGCAUCUCCGUUAUCCCAGCCAGCCAAGGCUGGGAUAAACCGAUCGACGAGUCCAUCAUCCUAUGGCACGAAGAUAAGAAUAUGCAGAUUCCCAGCCUAUUAACCCUGUGGAAAAGCCACGCCAAACCAUCGGAGGUUAUCCUUGAAUCGUCCAGCUCGUACAAACCUGCCCUCAUUCAGAAUAUCAAUCUGCUCGGAGAAUUGGAGAAUGCGAUAUGCUACAUUCCAUCCCAUUUCCAGUCCGGCAAGCCCGCGCAAGGGUCACGGCCCGAUAUCCUCAUUACCGCCGAACGUCGUUUGCUCAUCUUGGCGUCUAAACUUCAACUGCCAGAAGAGGAGAAGAACGACGAGGAGACCUUGGAGCAUAACUCCACUGACGACCGCGAUCAAACGAUGCUGCAACGGGGAGAGUUGGAUCUUGACGGCAUGGAUCGCGUGAUGGCGGGAAUGGCGAAUAACACGCAUCCCAAUAGGCCGAAUCUUCUACGGAGCUCGCAGAAUACCUUUUUUUCUUGA